AUGGACUCCAUCGACGGGCUUCACUAUCUGACCAUGACUGCCGAAAACCCAACUUCCGGAGACCUGACUCCUGUCCCCAUUGUCACUUGCAAGCUCUGCCUGUGUGAACAACCUUUGGAUAAGGUGACCAUGCUCCAAGAAUGCCAGUGCAUCUUCUGUACAUCUUGCCUGCGACAGUAUAUGAUGCUGUCAAUCCGAGAAGGAUGUGGGUCUCCCAUCACUUGUCCUGACAUGGUGUGCAUAAAACACGGGACCCUGCAAGAAACAGAGGUUCACAUGGACCCCCUACGCACAUGGUGCCCUGUGGCAGACUGCCAGACAGUGUGCCAUAUUGCAGCAGGAGACCCAGGGAAGCCUGUGAUGGUGGAGUGUCCUUCUUGCCAGCUGAAAUUCUGCUCGUGUUGCAAGGAUGCUUGGCAUGGGGAGGCUGCCUGUAGAGAACAGUCCAUUGUGCCAGAGCAUGGGGCCCUCUUUGGGACGGAGGCCAACGCCCCCAUUAAACAAUGCCCGGUUUGCCGCAUUUACAUUGAGCGCAAUGAAGGCUGUGCCCAGAUGAUGUGCAAAAACUGCAAGCACACGUUUUGCUGGUACUGUCUGCAGAACCUGGACAAUGACAUAUUCCUCAGGCAUUAUGACAAAGGGCCAUGCAGGAAUAAGCUGGGCCACUCGAGAGCAUCGGUAAUGUGGAACCGAACACAGGUGGUAGGGAUCCUUGUGGGAUUAGGCAUUAUUGCCUUGGUGACUUCACCCCUGCUACUCCUGGCCUCUCCAUGUAUAAUCUGCUGUGUCUGCAAGUCCUGUCGAGGCAAGAAGAAAAAGCAUGAUCCAUCCACAACUUAG